CAGAGUCUUCCUGCGAGCAAUUAAUCAGUAUGCAGAUAUGCUGAACAAAAAAUUCCUGGAUCAAGCCAACUUUGAGCUACAGCUGUGGAACAACUACUUUCACCUGGCUGUUGCUUUUCUUACUCAAGAGUCCUUGCAACUGGAGAAUUUUUCAAGUGCUAAGAGAGCCAAAAUCCUUAACAAGUAUGGAGACAUGAGGAGACAGAUUGGCUUUGAAAUCAGAGACAUGUGGUACAACCUGGGUCAACACAAGAUAAAGUUCAUUCCAGAAAUGGUCGGCCCGAUAUUAGAGAUGACAUUAAUUCCUGAGACAGAACUGCGCAAAGCCACCAUCCCUAUCUUCUUUGAUAUGAUGCAGUGUGAGUUCCACUCGACCCGCAGCUUCCAAAUGUUUGAAAAUGAGAUCAUCACCAAACUGGAUCAUGAAGUGGAAGGCGGCCGAGGAGACGAACAGUACAAAGUGUUAUUUGAUAAAAUCCUCUUGGAGCACUGCAGGAAGCAUAAAUACCUCGCCAAAACAGGAGAAACUUUUGUAAAACUUGUUGUGCGCCUGAUGGAGAGACUUCUGGAUUACAGAACCAUCAUGCAUGAUGAGAACAAAGAAAAUCGCAUGAGCUGCACCGUCAACGUGCUGAAUUUCUACAAAGAAAUUGAAAGAGAAGAAAUGUAUAUAAGGUACUUGUACAAGCUCUGUGACCUACACAGAGAGUGUGAUAACUACACAGAAGCGGCAUACACCUUGCUUCUCCAUGCAAAGCUUCUCAAGUGGUCGGAGGACGUGUGCGCAGCCCACCUCACGCAGCGGGACGGGUACCAGGCUGCGACGCAGGGACAGCUGAAAGAGCAGCUCUACCAAGAAAUCAUCCACUACUUCGACAAAGGCAAGAUGUGGGAGGAGGCCAUUGCCCUGGGCAAGGAACUGGCUGAACAGUACGAAAACGAAAUGUUUGAUUACGAACAGCUCAGUGAAUUGCUGAAAAAACAGGCUCAGUUUUAUGAAAACAUCGUCAAAGUGAUAAGACCCAAGCCUGACUAUUUUGCUGUUGGCUACUACGGACAAGGAUUCCCCACAUUCCUACGGGGAAAAGUUUUCAUUUACCGAGGGAAGGAGUAUGAACGUCGAGAAGAUUUUGAAGCUCGGCUAUUAACUCAGUUUCCAAAUGCCGAGAAAAUGAAAACAACAUCCCCUUUCUUGUCGGGGGAGAAUUUUUACAGGGUGAACGAGGUCCAGCGAUUUGAAUAUUCUCGGCCAAUCCGGAAGGGAGAGAAAAACCCAGACAAUGAAUUUGCGAAUAUGUGGAUUGAGAGAACCAUAUACACAACUGCAUAUAAAUUACCUGGAAUUUUAAGGUGGUUUGAGGUCAAAUCUGUUUUCAUGGUGGAGAUCAGCCCCCUGGAGAAUGCCAUUGAGACCAUGCAGCUGACAAACGACAAGAUCAACAGCAUGGUGCAGCAGCACCUGGAUGACCCCAGCCUCCCCAUCAACCCGCUCUCCAUGCUCCUGAAUGGCAUCGUGGACCCUGCCGUCAUGGGAGGCUUCGCAAAUUAUGAAAAGGCCUUCUUUACUGACCGGUACCUGCAGGAGCACCCUGAGGCCCACGAAAAGAUCGAGAAACUCAAGGACCUGAUUGCCUGGCAG